AUGCCUUGGCCCCGAGGCACUCCCCGGCCCUUUGGCCGUCACACUCGCAAAGAUGGCACCCGAAGAGAGCCGCAGGCUCAAGCCGUUGCAGAAAUCCGGCCUUCUCAGCUAUCCAUUGACACUCGCACCCGCCGGACCACAGAGCCGGGCAGCCACACUGACCGUAGCACCAGCCUAGACCAGCAGCAGCAGCAGCAGCAGCAGCGCGAACCCACCACUCCGCGUAACGACUCGGCCUCUGAGCGCACGCGCCUGUCUCGAGAAGUCCGGAACUUACAGAAUCCUUGGUUUCUGGGUCACAAUUCAUCCUCCGCCGACUAUUUUGAGAGCGACGAGGAAACCGAGGAGGAUAAUUCUCCACUUCCUUCCUUUGAGGGCCAACAUUCCCUUUCCUCCUCCGUGCCUGAUUCCCCAGCGCGCGAUACAAACUCCCCGCGCCAGCAGCGAGCUGUUCGCAGAGACGUGCUUAGGUCCUCGAGCUUCUUCGACGAGCAAUCGAGCGCAAACGACCACCCCAACGCCAACAACCCACCGUUUGAGUCGUACUGGGAUCUGCUCAAUUGCGAUCUUUCCCAGCUUGACCUUAGUCACAUUGACCUUACUGCUCUAAACCUUGACUGGGACAGCGUUGAAUUUUUCAAUCACGAUCAAGACGUUUCCAUCAUGUCGAGUCAACAGGGCAAGUGGCGCGAGGAGCAGGUGCUCAUCAUCUGCCCUGGCAGCCAGACCACCAUGGCUCAGCUGGGUUGCGCCGAGCUCACCCCGCCUGCUAAUCGCAUCCCCACGCGCAUGUUCAAGGAUCCGGAUACUGGCGAGUUCAUGCCAUACUACACUUAUAAGCGCAAGAAGGCUACCGCCGCCAAUGGCGGGGAUGACACCAAGCCUUCGGACGAGGAUGACUAUGAAUACGUCGAGGAUAGAGACUCGAUCGAGGGCGCCAUCUAUCCCAUUGUGGGCGGCCGCAUUGUCAACAUGGCGGCUUUCUUGGCUUUCCUCGAUCAUGUCCACAGCCUGCUGACGACCACGUACCACAACACUCCCAUUGUCCUCAUGGCUUCGCCCCAAUGGACCCGCCCGGACACCGAGAACAUUGCUCGAUACAUCUUUGAGAAGACUAAGACCCCGGCUCUCUGCAUGUUGCACAGCGCUGUUGCUGCCCAGUACGGCAUCAAGUGGCCCACCAUGACUGUUGUCGACAUUGGCUUUGAAAAGGUCGACGUUACCUGCUUGUAUGACAAUAUGAUUGUCGGCAGCAAGACGCUCGGCUUCCCCAAUCCCCAGCGCGAGAUCUCGGGUGGCGAGGUUUUUACUCAAAAGCUGCAUGCGCUCCUCAAGAACAGCAGUUUCAACUACAACAUGGCCGAGCAGCUCAAGAAGAGCCCACUUUGCGAGGUCCUCCCCUACGCUGGAGAUCUCGACGAGCUCAUGGAGCUCCCCACGGAAACUAGCGCACCAAGUAGUCAGCUUCCUGCCGUGGAUGCUCUCAAGAUUAACGAGCCACCCAAGCCGGCCCCUCAAAUCGGUGCCGAGGAUGAGGCGGGUGCCGAGGAUAAGACUGGCGAUGAGGGAGUCCUCGAUGUGGCUAAUAUCGUUACCAGCGGUAAUACUCGAGAGUUCCUUGCCAAGAAGGAGAAAGAGAAGGAGAAGGAGAAGGCACUCCGUGGCAAGAAGGGCAAGGGUCAAGAGCCCGAGCCUGCCAAGGCAGUCCGCCUUCCCAACUCGAAGCGAAAGUUUGCUACUUUCCAUUACGAAGAGUUAGUCCACGAGGAUGUUGACACGUCUGCGGCUAAUGGAGCAUCAAAGCCCACGUCUGAAAAUCCUGCCAACGGAGAAGCUUCUGCUACGGAUGCCGCCCCCGGCGGAGAGGAAUCCAAGGAGGCUCCCGUCAUCAGUGAUGCAACCGCUGAGUUGCCGUUCGCCGCAGAGGCACCCAAUCUUCCUAUAACUGAGCGUAGAACCCGACGUGUUCGCCAGGACUUUGAGAUUGGUUUGGAGCGAUUUUUGUUUGCAGAUCGAGAUGAGAUUGACCGCAUCACCACAACCAUCUAUCGCACAAUCCAGAGCAUAGAUGACAUCUACCAGAGAUCCGGCUGUUGGGAUAACCUUGUUUUCGUCGGCAAUGGUAGUCGCCUGAGGGGCCUAAAGGAGAACAUCAUGCAGACGUUGCACGCUCGCCAUCUGAUUUCACCUAGUAGUGCCACCAUUUUUACAUCGGAGCUACCCUCCAACAUGGCAACUCCCACCGGCACCGGCUCACAGACUCCCACUGGCUCGUUCACUGGUCAGCUGCCGUCUGGCCAACUUCCUCUCCCCGGAUCGAGCUCCGUCAAUCCACUCUUGCAGGCUGCUACAACCGCCUCGAUGGGUGUGCCGGGCUCCGUUCAAGCUCCGGGUUCCUCCGCUGGUGAUGCAGGCCCUAGCCGCCACUCGCACGCCCAGACGCCCACCAGCAUCAAGCUUGCCACUUUGCCGACUUACCUAGCUGAGUGGACUAAGAACGGCUUCGAGGAGGCUAUGUUCUUGGGUUCCCUUAUUGCAGCACGCCUUGCCUAUUGCAUUCAUAACUUGGAUGUUUCGACUCAAGAAGCUCAGCGUGGCAUGAGUCUCAACCGUGUUGAUUACAACGAGCUUGGCCCCAAGGCUGUCAAUAGCCACUCUAUGCUUGGCUAA